AUGUGUUGUCGUCCAACAGCCACCAUCAUGCUGCUCCUGCCACUCUUAACAUUUUUCCCUUCGUUGCUUAACUUGAUGUUUGCUAUGCAGAACAGCGCUCUUUAUCGAAAUCCAACAGGCAACCUUUCUCUUGGUAACUUUAAGUGUGACCCCUUCUAUUACCUUUGGGAAGAAAAACUUACAUCGUCCAUGGUAAAAGGUCAGUUUUUCUGCGCUUUCCUUUGUGUUGGUGAACCGAGGUGCUAUUCGUUUAACGUGGCAGAGUAUCCUGACUCCAACGGUCUUUAUCUUUGUGAGUUGUUGGUCACUGACAAGUACAGAGCUACUGGAAAGCUCUUUGCAAAUGCCAAAUUCAGUCAUUUCAGUCCUUGGGUAAGCUCUCCUUACAUAUUUGGUGCUGGAAAGGUAUUUUUAUCAACAGAAAUUGUAUUGUUUGUUGAACGUUCUCGGUCUCUUUCCAGUCUCCAUGUGAAAGUGCUCCUUGUAUGAACGGUGGUGUCUGUGUCCCUGAAUAUGAGUGGAACUCCUAUCACUGUGACUGUAAGCCUGGAUUCUGCGGAACUCACUGCAAACGGGGAGGUAUAAAAUAGUUUUUUUGUGUGUGCGUCUAUUUUUUCCAGAUGUUGAAAAAUACAUUUGUAGAAAGUUUAGCUUCAAUUUUUUUGUCAUUGGUUAUUUUCACUGAAGCGUUCACAAUUAUAGCCUCUUGAGAGCUCUUCAUACGUCUUAAGAGCUUCAUAUCCAGAUAAGUACACAGCUGUAGCGAUAGAGCAGCUUUAACGCAAAAGUUUGCUUCCUUUCAAUACGUACACUACGUCAUCAUUGUGUACAAUGGAAAUAUGAAUCAUGCUAAUGAACGAAUUCUCUGACGAAAUGUUAUCCUCUCCAUUAAAACCCCAUGAGUUUAAUUCGAUGCUAAGAACGCAUGAAAAAAAAAAUACUUGUAAUCAAUUUCUUCUUUUUUGCUUCUAAGGAGAUAAAACCUGCAGUCACAUCAAACUAUGCAAUCUCCCAAGUGGAUCUUACGUCAUCGACCCUGAUGGAGAGGGCGGAGUGAAACCUUUCAAAGUCUAUUGUAACAUGAAUGACAAGGGCGGUGUUGGAGUGACAGUUGUCAGUCAUGACAGUGAAGGUAGGACGUUGGUGCAAGGGUUUGAUGGCAAAGGCUCUUAUUCUCGCCCCAUCAAUUACACGGAGGCCAAUAUGGCUCGACUGGCAAAGCUGACAGCUUCAUCAGCUUACUGUGAGCAGUUUAUAAAGUACGAGUGCUUCAACUCGCAGCUCCUCUCCAAUGGCAACAUGUACGGCUGGUGGGUAUCACGUGAUAGAGAGAAGAUGAAGUACUGGGGAGGAGUUGAUUCUGUUGAUUACAAAUGCGUAUGCGGCUUGAAUAAUACAUGUGCAGACAUUAACUACGGAUGCAACUGUGACAAGAAUGACCCCACAUGGCGAGAGGACAGCGGCCUCCUCAAAGACAAAUCCAAGCUGCCAGUAAAACAACUGAGGUUUGGAGAUACCUAUUAUUAUGGUGACAAGGGAUACCACACACUUGGAAAGCUCAAGUGUUUUGGACUCAUUUAAAACUCACAUACAAAAAGGUGCAUUGUAACUGUAUACUUGCUAUUUGUAGACUCGAUUGACAUACCGCUUUAAAGCAACUAGCUGUCUGUACAAUUACUUUUUGCAGUUCGCUUUUUGCGAUCGAAAUCGACGAAACAACUUUGAUAUGAAGUGAAAACCACCCUAAUUUAGACACAUAUCGUAUGCGUAGUAGAUUAUUAUACAUCCUUAUAGGUGCCAAAGGCCUUUCUUCUACUCAUAGAAGGGAAGAAGAAAAGGAGAAGGAAGAAAUGCGAGGCACCGAGCGCAUCACCUCACCUGCGAAAAUUUUUUCGCUUUUCACCGUUAUCUCACAAUUAGGAACUUUGAUUGUAUUUGCGACCUUUUAAGCCUUUAACACCAUGACAUUUAAAUGCAAAUUUUCUCCUGCAAAUGCAAACAGGCCAACAAGAGUUAAGUAACAUUUAACUGUAUCGGCGUGUUUUAUCGAAAAUAAAAGGAAAAGCUUGACCUUCAACCUCAGCUUUAUAUUAUAAUGUUUGCGACAAUAGAUCAACAAACACGAAAAAAUAAAUCGAACAUAUUACUUGUGGUGGAGUGAAUGGAACCAUCUCAUAAAUAUCAGUUGGAAGGUGAAAAUGUUUGGUUUUGACAUACAGUGCAUGUCUUUUAGCAUUUUAAGCAUAAUUUUUAGGCGCCGAAGGCCCAGUUUCCGCUGCUUGUAAAUUCAUUAAAUUCUCGUAGUUUAAAGUAAGCAACUCAAGUACACUGCGCCAAUAAAUAAUUCGAAGGCCCCAUUCUAACUGAGCCGUUGGUAAGGCACUAUCACUAUCAAAAAAAUGAAAUGAAAUAAUACAGACCACAACAAAUAAGUUACUGAUAAUAUAACUGUCUACGUGUAUAACAGGCUAACAUAAGCCCCAAUGAUUCCUGAAUAACAUAUUAGAAUCCUAAAGAGGAAUGUUAUGGUUGUACCACAUUUGCUUACCUGAUUCUUUACCAUGUGAAGAGAGGCUCGAGAGAGAGCUUCCUCUUCAGAGUCUAUCGGUCAAGUUGUUAUACUCUAAACCAAAACUGUUAAGACAUCUUUCAUCGAUGACUGGCCUGAUUUAUAUGAUUAAGAAUGCAAGUUAAGCUGGACGUUCAAAUAUAAGUUUGAAAACCCCUUUCAUAAAGUCAAUGAAGACAAAGGCCAGACACUUGAUCAAGGUGCGAUUGAAUAAAAGGCCUGGAUACUGCUACCCUCCUUGAGGGAAGUUAGCUUCAAUUCUUGACCAAUGUCUCCAACUUAAGAACAAGCCUUUGUUAGAAUCAAACAUCUUGGGAAAUGAAAAUUCCGCCAUCGUGACAACUUACAUGUUUAUGAGAAAUGACCGGUGUGAGGAUAGUUUCGUGUAGAUCAGCCGACUUCAACAUGUUUUAAAUGACAUAUAAGUAUAACAGCGUAUCUUCAGAGGACUUCGGAUCGCUCAAAUUCCCAUAAAAGAAGGUGCAGCACUCGGAAUCUGGAUGAUAUGCACACGAGUUGAGAUAUAUGUUCGUAGUUACGUCGAAUAGUCCUCCAUGAAGGUUGAUCAAUUGUUUUUUAAAAGAUGACAACCAGAGGCGAGAUUUCUCUUCGGGAUAUUGCACAUAAGAUAACAUUCUUUCAAAGCCUUGCAUGUUUCAUUUGUCUGAAACAUUUUUUGUUGAGAACAUUAGAUGUUAACAUCGCCAAAUUAUGCAACAUCUGAUUUUUGAGCUUCGUUCGCGAAUUUCCCCUAUAAAAAGUAGAGGCAGGCCCGCAAAGAUUUUACAUAUUAAAAAACUAGAAUAUUAUAACCAGCUAGGUGGGUAGUUUCAGCUCCGGAAUCGGUGUACUUUUUGAAAAAUUCAGAUAAACGUUUUCCCUGUUUUACCCAACAACAAGAAUGACCGAAACUGUACCGAGAUGAAUAAUCUAUUGGUGUGUUCACAUUCACUCCCAGGGAAAAUUGAAUGAAUCAAUGUGAAGAUGAAUGAUGUUACUAUGUGUGGUAGAAGUGCCAAUUUGAAAUGUUGUAUUUAGCUUGAGAUAGAGAAAUAAACAUUUCACUCUUUUUUUGCGAUGUUUUUGUAUGAAAAUAAGGUCCCAGGCCUCGAACAAGCAGCCGUUGUUACCAUGGCAACAAGUGUGCUGUGACCUUUAAAAAGGAUAUUUUUGUGCAUCUCUCCUGAGUGCUUAACUGCAUGCAAAAUUUGAAGGGGGGCUGAAAAUUUUCAUUUCCCAAGAUGUUUGAUUCUUACAGAGACUUGUUCUUAAAUUCUAGAAACCAGAAAUACGGUGAAAACAAUUACAAGACGAGUGAAAACAGGAGAUCAUCAGCGGCUGACGAGUAUCUCUUAAGGGUGGAGUGAGGAAGGGAGCCUCUGCUUUACUGGCUAUCUGAUCAAUGUCGCUUUGCGCAUGCAUUUUCCGGUAGGAAGGAGUGUGUAGGUGGCACUGAUCAAAAUAUAAAAAUGCAUUUUCCACGAACGCAACCUAAUUACCCAGCCAAGGCUCGAGGUCCAACACGCUACUUACCACUCGGCCGCAUUUACUUUUGGCGCAUUACAGCACUCUGAUUUUAACCUCCUUAGCCUCUUUCCGCUUUCGAGGCCCGUCUAGAAUCUAUAGAAUUUAUCACUAGUGCUUCCUAAAACGCUUCAAUCUAAAAAUUCCAGCCGAUGGUUUUCUUCUUAUGUUUUGGUCGCCGAAUCUGCAUCGUCUUCCUCGGCGUUCUAAGUGGAGACGCGGAAAACUGGGGAUGAGAAUCUCGAGCCUUCCCUCCUCCCCCAACUAAGUUUGCCUUUUGCAUUGAUGACACGUUUUUUGUCAAAUAUCUUUUUGAUUGUCACGCAAUAAACCCUCUGACUGUAUUCUCAUGUUCUAUCAAACGAUAUGCCUCCAUACUUAACCUUUACAAAUUUUUUCUCAAAUGAGCCAUAACUAAAAUUCGACUACGAACACCGCCACUUUCAAUAAUGCUUGUAUAUAAUCAUAUACUACUAAAAAGUCACCUGUUAAGCUGCUCUUCGACUCACCGUCGAUGGCAAUGAAACAUGCCUUCGAUGUUUCUUCGAUGUUUCCAUUCUUCACGUAAAAACUGAUAAAAGAAAGUUGAAAACUUCCCUUUUUUCCUUAUUCAAUAUUUUCCAAAAUUGAUUGGGGUAAGAAGUUUAAAAUAACUGUGAAGAUAACAUGUUAUUUUCAGGUGGUCUGGAGAUAAAAACACCAUAAGUCGUUUGAUUAUUUUGCGCUGGGAGCAAGAAAGAUGCGUGAAAAUGCCUUGAGAAACUCGAACUUCUUGAGUUUUUUGAGCCAAUUUACUUAUAUUUAACAUUAUUAACAAGGUAGUUUGAAAUUUGGAUGAUGAGGAGCGAUUUCCUCCACUUCAUUGUGCGCAAAAACAUUUCUAGCAUGAUAACAAAACGAAGCAGGCUCGCGCUAUUAAAUGUAUUAAUAGGUUACAAUACUUGUUUACGUGAACAAUGCUGGUACAGACAAAAUAUUAUCAGCAGUCAAAUAUUAAUACAAUGAUCAUAGUGAUUAUUCAUUUUGAGGUAGACGUCUCAAGGUUCUAGCUCUCCAAAUAACCAACGCAAAGAGUAUUUCAUUAAAACAGUAUUUUAGGGGGUGUAACUUGAAAUACUCAGGAGCUACAGCAUUAGCAUAAUAAAAGCGAUCACAUUUCCACGCUCACUUUUUUCAUACUUCUAUCCUUUGGUUGUCACGUUUGAAUUGGUUUGAUAGCGAAGAGGGAAAGAUGGAUUUUGGCGCUUUGAAUAUAUAUUCGGUAGGCGUCUCGGAAAACUGUUUCCUGCCACCUUAAUGGCUUCACGCUAAGCGGGAUAUCAAAGGUUUAGCAUGCCAGCUGCUCGAAAAAUAUACAAAUGAUGUCCUCCUAUGUUCCACAAAAAGAAGUAUGUGCAUAUCUGCGUAUUGGAACACAUUAAGUGUGCCGUCAUUUCACGCCUUAAAAAACCCUGUGGAAGGUUACAAACUUGCCUCCUCUUGAUGGCGCGAUUUCCAAUACAUAUCGAAAAGCUUAUUUAUCUGAACUUAACAUCGUAAGCCUGGAUCGCCUCAGGGUAAACCCGAGUCAUUUAUUGAAAAUAACAACCUUUUCUCUUCUCUUCUUUUUCUCAGCAUGAUGUUACUCAUGUAUAGAGUAGUAAGUAAACUGUUUUAAUAAAAAUUUUGUAGUGAAUUUUAAAAAAACCUUGACCGUUUUUGGUAAAUUAUUGUCAGCCACAUUAGUUAAAAGAAUGUAUCUCACGCCUUGAACAGGUUACAGAGCUGCAAUGGGCUCGAAGGGAAUUUGUACAUUCUACAUUACGCAUGUCACUUCUGUUUUCGUAAGAGAAGGUUAUAAUGUUCUUUUUUAUCGAUUGGCUACUAUACUUGACGUGGUACAAAAUCAACGGACAAUUAUCAGGCAAUAACCCCAUCUAAGAAAGCCGGCAAGAAAGCCGACGAAAAAAGCCCGAGAGUUUCAUUUUUUCGAAUCUAUUAUUUUACAAGGGAGAAAAACGACCUUAUUUUGGAGAGUCCACAGGUGUUUAUAAUAAAAGGCUGAUCUCAAAUGCUACUUUUGAAAGUACAAAAAAGUUAACAAAAACGUGUUUUAAACGCACGAAAAAAAAUUAAUGAGAGGAUUAUAAAAUAAAUAUCCCCCCUUCUAGCUUGCUGGCAUGUCGGCUGAUAAUACUCUUGGCUGAGAGACUGUCCUCAAAUUUUCAAAUUUCCUCUCGAAGCCUUUUUUUUUCGGCCUACGAUUCAUUUUACGGACAAUUUCUCAGUCGUGGACAUUAUCAGCCGACAUACCAGACGCCUAAUGUAGUUUCUUUGCACAUUAUUUCGGCCAGCUCUCGAAAUUUCGUAAUUCAAACAUGCGUUGCACCUGCUCCAUAGAUGCGGCUUUUAAACAUAAAAAGCAAACAAAUGCUAUAAAAGGAUAAGUUUCUUAUUCACAAUUAAAGUGCUUUAUAUCUUAAAACAGCUCAUUCAGGUGUUGUCGUCCAACAGCCACCAUCAUGCUGCCCCUGCCACUCUUAAUAUUUUUCCCUUCGUUGCUUAACUUGAUGUUUGCCAUGCAGAACAGCGCUCUCUAUCGAAAUCUAACAGGCGAAAUUUCUCACGGUAACUUUAAGUGCGACCCCUUCUAUUACCUUUGGGAAGAAAAACUUACAUCGUCUAUGGUAAAAGGUCAGUUUUUCUGCGCUUUCCUUUGUGUUGGUGAACCGAGGUGCUAUUCGUUUAACGUGGCAGAGUAUCCUGACUCCAACGGUCUUUAUCUUUGUGAGUUGUUGGUCACUGACAAGUACAGAGCUACUAGAAAGCUCUUUGCAAAUGCCACAUUCCAUCAUUUCAGUCCUUGGGUAAGCUCUCCUUACAUAUUUGGUGUUUGAAAGGUAUUUUUAUCAAUAGAAAUUGUAUUGUUUGUGGAACGUUCUCGGUCUCUUUCCAGUCUCCAUGUGGAAGUGCUCCUUGUAUGAAUAGUGGUGUCUGUGUCCCUGAGUAUGAGUGGAACUCCUAUCACUGUGACUGUAAGCCUGGAUUCUGCGGAACUCACUGCAAACGAGGAGGUAUAAAAUGGUUUGUGUACGUCUAUUUUUUCUAGAUGUUGAAAAAUACAUCUGUAGAAGGUUUAGCUUUAUUAUUAUUUGUGAUUGGUCAUUUUCACUGAAGUGUUCACAACUAUGGCCUCUUGAGAACUCUUCCCACGUCUUAAGAGCUUCAUAUCCAGAUAAACACACAGCUGUGGCGAUAGAGCAGCUUUAACGCAAAAGUUUGCUUCCUUUCAAUACGCACACUACGUCAUCAUUGUGUACAAUGGAAAUAUGAAGCAUGCUAAUGAGUUUCAUUGUACAUGAAUUCUCUAGCGAGAUCUAAUCCUCCCCAUAAAAACUCUAUGAAUUUAAUCCAAUGCUAAGAACGCGUGAAAUAAGAUAUACUUGUGAUCAAUUUCUUCGUUUUUGCUUCCAAGGAGAUAAAACCUGCAGUCAGAUCAAACUAUGUAAUCUCCCAAAUGGAUCUUACGUCAUCGACCCUGAUGGAAAGGGCGGAGUGAAACCUUUCAAAGUCUAUAUGACUGACAAGGGCGGUGUUGGAGUGACAGUUGUCAGUCAUGACAGUGAAGGCAGGACGUUGGUGCGAGGCUUUCUCGCUAAAGGCUCUUAUUCUCGCUCCAUCAAUUACACGGAGGCUGAUAUGGCUCAACUGGCAAACCUGACAGCUUCAUCAGCUCACUGUGAGCAGUUUAUAAAGUACGAGUGCUACAACUCAGUGCUCUUCUUCAAUGGUAACAUGUACGGCUGGUGGGUGUCACGCGAUGGAGAGAAGAUGAAGUACUGGGGAGGAGUUGAUUCUGUUGAUUACAAAUGCGCAUGCGGCUUGAAUAAUACAUGUGCAAACAUUAACUUCGGAUGCAACUGCGACAAAAAUGACAACACAUGGCGAGAGGACAGCGGCCUCCUCAAAGACAAAUUCAAGCUGCCAGUGAAACAACUGAGGUUUGGAGAUACCUAUUAUUAUGGUGACAAGGGAUACCACACACUUGGAAAGCUCAAGUGUUUUGGACUCAUUUAA